GCUACUGCCAUGACAUGGCGAUAAAUACAAGAAUGCUUAUCUCAAAGUUUAAUCAGUGACUCUAUACACGUUUCUCUCAAGUACACACUUGUGGUAUCUAGGGCAACACACUUUUGUUUUCAUAGCGAUUAACAGUUAUGUUGGUAACCAGGACGUAGUCUAAUUAUAGUAACAUUGCUGUUAAUAUUACAAUGGGGAAUUCUCUAAUUAUUGACCUUGACUUUAUGUGUGUGUGUGUGUGCAGUUUUAUAUGGCAGUGUUACGUCAGUUAAAUGUGUCUUGAUCUAUUGGUUCAAGUCUCAAUAGCUGCCAGAGUCUGGAUGUGUUACGUUAGUUAAAUGUGUCUUGAUCGAUUCAUGUUACAUUUCUGCACUUCCAACGUAAUCAAUACAGCCCUGUCACAGUCAACACACCGAGCAUCAAACAACACAUCAACAAACUGACGUGUACGUAGGACUCACACUCAUUUCUUGUCUACACAGCUUGCCAUUAUUGUCAACAGCUGACUGUAUUGUGUUCUGCUACUCUUGAAACAUAGCUGUUAAGUAGCAGAUGGACCAAACAGAGACAAAACAAGAUCUUUCAAGGGAUCACUUGGCAGACGAGGGGAAACAGGAGAGACAAAAACUAGCAAUUCAUGAGAAAACUAAGGGAAAUCUUUUCUACACAAACAAUCAGUUUGACCAAGCCAUAGAGUCAUACAGCAAAGGUUUACAGUAUGAUCCAACGAAUGCUGUUCUUCUUUCUAACAGAGCUCAGGCCUAUAUAAAGCUAGAGAAAUACCCAGAGAGUGAGACAGACUGUACAUUAUCACUCUCCUAUGAUCCCCUGAAUGUCAAGUCUUAUUUGAGACGUGCCACGGCCAGAUUCAAUCUGGGUCAACUGGAUGCUGCCGAGGUAGACUUGAAGCGUGUUUUGAUACUAGAGCCAAACAAUAAACAAGCUCAGGAUAAACUGCACUUGAUACAACUUAUUGAAAAGGAACUGUUACUCCAGUAUCCAGAGGAUGAAUCAUUGAAACCAUCCACAAAAGACACACAGGACCAGCCACCAGGCGACACUGUAGAUAUAAGCCACACUUAUGGUGAACACGAAUGUCAAAUCUCGGAAGGUGAAGAGGCUGAUCUACACAAAUUAUUUAACAAAUGCAAGAAAAAUCCAGGCCAUCUUGAUUUUAUCCCUAUCAAGCAAUUCAAGAUUGAUCACCUACCAGCAGAUUAUCGUGAUCAAGAUCUUUACAACUUCAUUAAAGUAGCAGCUGACCUGACGGUCAGAGUGAGUGUCAACAUGGUCAGUCCCUUUAGACCUCAGUUUUUCCCAAACACCCAUGUCCAGUAUCCCUUUUACAACAAGGGAGGAAACGCUAGCACGAGAUCCGGAAGUGGGCUUAUAAGCGUCUACGAGUACCGAGAUGGACUUGGGUGCGAUGCACGUGGAAGUGGAUCCAGUCAAUUGACAGGAGACCAGCUCACCACAGAUUACGUUUCCUGUCCCUGUGAGAAAUGCAAACAGUCAGGCAAUGCCAGCAAAGUCUGGUGGGAGAUCUUCGUCAAUACGGCGACGCAUGUCGUCUUCGAUGACAUUGAGGCCAGCCGAACUACCUGCAGACUGUUCUUCGACGACAAAGACAGCCCCAAGGUCAUUAUCGACAAGGUCACGAUGGAUUACGUCAACAUCGGCAACGACAACAUCAGGUUAAAACACGUGACGUGCGAUACCAAGCUCGGACCGAGGCUGUACGACCUGGUCAGACGCUUGUUUGACCUCGGUAACGAAGUGUGGAACAAGUUCUCCCAGAGAACCAGUGAUAAAGUCAACUUGAUUGUUUCCCACCCUCACGGCUGCUCUAAAUACGUCAGCAUCGGUCGUUGGGUGGACAACUACAGAGUGGAAGAAUGCGACUACAACGACAAAUUUGAUCGUACCAAGUUUACGUACACAACCAGUACAUGCCCAGGGAGUAGUGGCGCCAGAAUCCAUUGUGUUGGAAUAGGCACUGGGCAUGUUCAUAACGGCGCAAUGCAUUCUAAACUGAACUACAGCAGUGUGGAUUUAUUCAGAAAGUAGUGUGGAGCUCUUCAAAAUGGUUGGGACAUUUUCAUUAAUGAAGGCGAAUCCAUAAAUAGCAUGCUUUUUGUUGUAUUCGGUGUACAGAAUAUAGAAGAAUGAACAAACUAUAUACUUUGUAAUUGAUAGGCUUUGUGGCACUUUGCACAGUACCUCUAUUCAAGUCAGAACUUCAUGGAACCUGGAGGAUGGGUGGAGGGCGGAACCAGUACUAGGAUUUUUAAAACAGCUUUAUAGAUUAUCCUAGAAAUAAUUGAUUGAUGUAUAUCGCUGAGAAUAGAAUAAGUAGCUCGUUGGCUACACGAUAAACAAUCUAGUUUGAACUUUAUAAUUUUUCAAAGUAAUAAAAAAGAAACAAAUUUAAAUUUGGCUAUUUUCUAUUUUAAGUUAAUAUGUAUGUUGGAACGGACUACACGUCUUCGGGUGUUUUUCAAAGUAAAAGAGAAAUAAAUUAAACUUUUGCUAGAGAACUAGAUCUAGAUCUAUCAUUGGGUUUUAAAAAGACUAUCACGUUCUUGAAAGGAUUAUAACAUUCUUGAAAGGAUUAUAACAUUCUUGAAAGGAUUAUAACAUUCUUGAAAGGAUUAUAACAUUCUUGAAAGGAUUAUAA